UAAAAUUAUAUGUUAAAAAGGAAAAAUCUGUGUAUCUAUGUUUUUCAUUUAUUUGUCAACGAAAAUCGCAUAUUUUUACGUGAAUAUCAUCAUUAUCACGUAACAAUACUAAACAUGUGGCAGAUGCAGGGAUACAUAGAAUAUCUACACGAAUCCUAUAUAGUAAGUCUAUAGAAGUCUACGAAUGUACAAAAAGUAAACGCAAUAUUUUUUUAUGAACCUAUAUAGUUCUUCUACUUUUCCUUUAUCUUCAUCUCAAGUAUUUGGAGUCAGCCAACUUCGUUAUGAACUUCUAAUUGAUCCGAUAUCCCAUCUCGCAUACACCAGUUGUCUAUAAUGUUUUCACAUCAUUCUCAAUCGCAUCCAACCACUUCUUUUUCAGUUUUUUUUCUCCAUCUCUUUACUACUACGUUUAUUUUCAAUACAAUUCUUAGUGCUUCCGAUUCCUCUUUCCCCGUGACAUGCCUACACCACCUCAGUCUAUUUUCUCUUAUUUUGUCUACUAUCGAAUCCACGCCUAAGCACUACCCCUUAUGUUAUCAUUCUUUAUCCUAUAUUCUCUCGUCACUUCAUUCAUCCACCUAAAUAUUCUUAUUUGUGCUACACUCAUUCUCCGUUCUAUUUUUCUGUCUACUACCCAACACUUCAAAUCAUACAACAUAGUCAGUCUUACCACACUUUUAUAAAACAUAUUUUUAGAUCCCAUUGGAAUACUCGUGUCACACAAAACACCUAACGCUUCUCUCCGCUUUUUCCAAUCGCACUUAAUCGUAAUAAACCAUCAAUCUUGUUUAGAACUUCCCAUACUGUUUUACAGAAUUAUACCCCAGCUGUCGAUCUGACGCAACCCUAUCUGUCGAAAAGUAGAGGUAAAGAGGGAGUAUUCUGAUUCCCGUCCAUAGGGAGAAUGGUAUUAUUAAUUUUUGUACACUGUGUACAAAAAUUCUAUCAGAAAUCUUGCUCCGAUAUAUACGAUGUAGACCUUUUUCUGAAAGGAAAUUUUUUUGAAGUGAUACUUUAAAGAGAUCAUUUUUCAAUUUUCUCAUCAAAUGUGAAAAACCGAAAAAAACAUAGGAAAAUGUACGAAAUGUAGGUAUUUGUUAAAAAAUAUUACGGCCUUCUUUUUCAUGUGAACAACUUUUCUACCAGCAAGUUUUUUCAAAUUUACUAUGUUAUCAUUUUUACUGAAAGAAAAUCCUACUGGAAAAGUACUUUAAGGCAGUCAUUUUUCGAUUUUCCUAAAAACUUUCUAAGUAUAUGAGAAAAACCGGGAAAAAACGUGGGAAAACCGGGAAAAACGUAAGAAAAUCGGAUCAAUAUUAAAUAAAAUAUAUAAUGCCUGAUUAAUUAUUUUCUAUAAUAUAACACUUGAUAUAUUGGCUCAAAAUCGUUUUUUCGUUAGCAAUGUGUUAUCGGUGCUUGCAGAUAUACAUUAAAUUCCCUUCUGUAUCCUGCCUUCCCAACGUUCUACCUACAACAGUGGCUACACCCAGCCACAUUAUCCUAGGACAGCUUUUUUAAGAUAACUCGAUUUAAAAAGGACUUAUCUGAAGGUGCACACGAGAAAUAAUUUUAAUAUUGCAAUACGCACGUAUUGUUAGCGUCAUUCUUAAUUAUUACUUCAAAGUCGAGUGUCUGACGGUGUUGACGACCAAGUAAAUACGAUUAUUGUGUGCGCGAUUCAAUGUCGCGGACAACAAAAAAAAAAAUCAUCCAAAACAUAUAAGAAAAAAAAAAAAAAACUCGAAAACCCGAACGUGUCGUAUCGGAAACGUUUCGGUCCAAUGUCACAUAUUAUACUAUAGGCGAGGAGGAGCGGGAAACAAACUGCGAAAAUAAUAAUAACAAUAUGAGUACGGUGAUAUUAUUAUUAUUAUUAUCGAAUGAUUAAAAGUAAAAAUAAAAAUAAAAACAGACGAUAAUAACAAUGAUAAUAACAAUUAUUUUUUUUCAAUAAUCCCGCCGAUCUGGCAUACGUCUUGAAUAUAUUAUUAUGAUAUUAUUUUUGUAAUUCGUACACUACGCAUAUUAUUGUAUACCGCGUCGGUAAGCCGUUAUCGGUCGAGAGCUGCAAGCGGUGGGUCGCGCGUGUGCGGAACACGUUAACAUAAUAAUACAGGUACACGUCUUACAGGCACGCUGUACGGUACCGGACUCGAACCGCGAUUAUGAGAGAUACAGAAAAAAAAAAAGCAUCGUAAUAACACCUAAUAUAAAAAAAAAAAAUAACAAAAAAAAUAAUAAUAAUAAUAAUCGUCGAGUGGCGCGAAUGCGACGUGGCACGUAGAUCUCCGCGCUCUUAUCUCGAUUCCGAUAGCAAUUAUUGUUAUAAAUUGGUCGUUAUUGUUGUAAUAUCACCAUACAUCAUCCGUACGGGUAGAUGCGACCACGGGUACCACGGGGCUACUGACGGUUACCGGGCCCACUCGUCGGGCGCAGACGCACCUUAUCAUUUACAUUGAGGCGUUUUGUUUGGUGCGCGCGCGAUCGGCGUCCGGCUUCGGCAGGUCCGCGCACAACGGUGCGGUUAAUUAACGGUUAAUACCUAUUUACCGGUAGGCGCGUAAAAACAUACGCGCUGUUAUUUAUUAACACGAUUAAUAAUAAUAAAAAAUAAAACAAGAGCGGUGCGGCGAGCGGAUUGUCCGGUGCGGUUGCUGUGGAAGGCGGCGGUGGCGGCGGCGGAGGCGGCGGCGGCGCGGAAGAAGAUAAGACACGACCUCUCCUCUAGUUAUUAAACACCGUUUACGGCGUGUGUGUUCACAAAGCGUAUGACAUUUUCUAUUAUUAUUUAUUUCUGUUCGUUUCGCGCGGCUAUAAUAUGUUUUUGUUAUGUUAUUCUCAAACUCGGCGGUAAUCCCGGAGUUUUGUAAUUUUGUUUCGAGAGAGAGAGAGAGAGAGAGAGAGAGUACGUUAAUAACACCGUGCCGCGCCUUUUGUACAUUGGGAUGCGUUGCCAUCUUCCGUGCGGUUUACGGCUGUUAACGAGGGGAAUAUAGAUUGUAAAUAAUACACAAGUAAUUCAAUUCCAGUUACCGGAAUCGAACCGUGAAAUUACGAUUCGGAACAAAGUUGAAACUGUAACGAUAAUAUUUACGAAUUUCGCCAAAAUUUGAUAUUAAAAUUCUUAUUUAAAAAAAAAUACUACAUUGAACUCGAUUAAUUUUUUUCGCCACAAAUUACGCGUUAUAGUAAACCUUUAACCAACUGUUGAUUUUUCAAGCAUUUCUGUUUGGUCCAGCAAAUUUAUCCGCAGAGUACCUAUACGUUGCGUAAAAAGCUCGCAAAAUUAAAAUGUCUAUAAAUAGCUUAAAAAUUGCACGAAUGUAUUAAACAUUUUACCACGAAUAGAAAAACCAAAAAUAAGAUUUCUGUCAACGUUUGAAGUCUCUAUGAAUAUUUUUAACUGAAUUAUAACAAAAAAAAAAAAAUUUGAAAUAAUAAAAGAAUUAUGUUCGUAAAUGUUCGUUCUUUGUACGUGUUUUUCGGUUAUGUUCAAUUAUUAAAAAAACAACAAAGAAAAUCAGAAAACGACUAGCGUACAAAUUUAAAAUAAUAAAAUCGCAACGCCAUAAAUUUGUCGAGUAAAAAAAAAGACAGACAUACUUCGCACGCGGGUGGGCCACUGUUUUAUGCGAGAAGUUGGGUAGGUAGAGGAGAAAAUCAAUGUAUGAUUGAUUAACCAUUGCUAACGAAAAACGAUUAUCGGUUAAAAGUAUUGCUUUGUGAACAUUAUGGUAAAAUAAUUGCAUAUGCAUCAUAUAUUUGCUUUAAAAAUAUUCGUUUAAUAUUGUAUCUAUUUUCACGUUUUCCCGGUAUUUCCCGUAAUCCUGAGAAAUUAACUUGAUUAAUUCUCCUGAGAAAAUCGAAAAACGAACUCCCUAAAGUACCACCCAGGGAAAAUUCCCUUUCAGAAAAUGUGCUCGAUACUUGUUACUCCGGAGCGGGAUUUCUGGUAAAAUUUGUAUACAAAGUUGAAAAAAAAAAAAAAAAAUAAACGUCUUUGUAAAACCAAUACAUUUCUCGCUGCAAUCAGAAUCUAAAAAGAGCACACGUCAUAGUAAAAUCAAUAGAUCUCUCACUACGUUCCGAGCUAACCUAAUAUAACCUAACCGUUUUUAAUAAUAAAUUUGGAAAAACCGGGGGAAAAAACGUAAAAUGAAAACUGACAAAUUUACUGCGUUACAAUUUUAUUAUUUUAAAUUUGCACGCUUUCCAUUUUCUACCAGAAAUUUUAUUCCAAUAGAAAAACAACGCGAAAUCUAUUUUUCGUAGAAUGUUUAAUCUUGUCGGUGACCGAGAAAAUCGUUUUUUUUUUUAUUUAAUUUUUCUAAGUAAUUGAGCAAAACCGAAAAGUACGUAUAAUGAGCACGGGGAAAUUUACGAAAAUAAUUUUCGCUUUUAAAUGUAGUCCAGUUAAAAAUAGUUCGCGGACACUUGAAACGUUAACGUAAAAAACUUGUAUCAAUCGCUUUAUCUCGACGCGGUAGAAUUUACAAAACAUUUGAGCCGUUUUCGAGUGAUUGAUAGACAUUUUAAUGUUGCGAGUUUAUUUUACGUAAUUUUUAUUCGGUUAGGUGCCUACUCCGGAGAUAAAAUGUUUGCGCCGAACGGAAAUUUUCGAAAAACCGACAGGAGGUUUUCGUUAUACGCAGUGCUGUGCGGUGUACUGCCCGCGCUACGUGGCGGCCGUGAUUUUUCAACAAACGAAAUGUUAAGAGCACACACUUCGUUCGUGCAACGCACGGGGGGGAGGGGGGGGGAGGCGGCGGCGGCGGAUAGGACACGACUGUUUUCAAUUACCGACGUGUACGUGACGCGUUUUAAAAAUAGUACAGCCGGAGGUUAUUUUUUCGCCCCUGUCUCGGGAUUUUCCGGACGCGAUGACGCGUUAAUAUUAUCGCGACGCUCACGGUUCGGCGACGAAACGCCCGGCCCCCGUUAAGUCGCGUUGUUACAUAAGGUGCCGUCCGUCACACGUUAUUAUUAUUAUUAUUAUUUACCCCCCUCGACGGUCUAAAAGUCCGUCGGAAACACUUUGUGUACAACACGCGCGCGCCGUUAACAAUCGCAUGGUCGGAGUUCUAUAUUUAGUUGUGUACGUUCGGACCGUUUCGCGGGCGAAUCGGUAUUUCCGUGCCGGGGUCGACGCGCGCGCGGAACAAUGCCGGGGGGUAGCGUUUCGCGACGGAUCGCGUGUAUCGCCCGGUUCGCGCGUCGCGCGGUAAACCGAUUUACUGUCGGAGCGGUCACCGGUGACCGUGUUUAUUACAGCCGAUUCGCGCCUGACGGCCGGACAACAAGACCGUACGGACUGCGUUUGACGGACCGAAGCGUCCGAGACUGGUGUGGUCCUUUACGGAUUCUCUCGCCGAUAAGAGCGGUCACAAGAGUGGUUUUUCCAAAAAUGAUUUUUCACGUCCCCGAACCGCCCUCCCCCCCCCUCCCCCUCGCCGACUACUGGCUUAUUAACGCGCCCCGCUCGGUAUAAUUCAAAAUACGAUCGAUUGAAACGCGUUUUAACCGAAACACUGUUUGUUUUGAAUAACACAGAAUUUCGUCGACGGCGUAUACGAGUGUACGUGAGGAUUGCGGUUGAUUCGUCGGACGGCCACCGUAAUAAUAUUAUUAUUAUAACAUUUAUCGUGAACAUGUCGACCACGGAGCCGCCGAUUACAGCCGACGAGCCGAAAUUCGAUCAUUCGGCCGUGAUAUUGGCGAAGAUAUUGUCAAUCGCGUUCCUGGGCUUGUCGUCGCUGACGGCCGGCAGCCUGCCGGUAUGCGUGUUCGAGCGGCUCGGCAUUAUGCAGCAGUCCCGCGGCGGCAUCGCCAACACCGUGCUACGGUUGACAUUGAACUUCGGCGGCGGCGUGCUGCUGAGCACCACGUUCGUACACCUGCUGCCCGAGGUCCGGGAGGGUGUCGAGGGGCUAGUGGCCAACGGGACGCUCGACGCGAACGGGCCCGUGACCGGACGCCUUGCCGAGCUCGUCAUGUGCGUCGGUUUCCUGAUCAUGUACUGCGUCGAAGAUUUGGCGCACGGACACGGGCACGGGCACGGGCACGGGCACAAACGCGAUGACCCCGACGGUGGCGGCUGGCAGAACCCCGGUUUCAAGAUCGAAGAAACCAUGUCGGCGGCCGGCCGCGUGGCCAACUACAACUCGUGCACGUCGUCGGGCGGCAACGCGGACACCGCGGGCAAACCCGUCCAGCCCAAGUACGCGUCCAACAGCGACGCCGUAUACCGCAGCUUCUUGAUCAUCUUCGCGCUAUGCAUACACGAAGUGUUCGAGGGCCUGGCCAUUGGUUUGGAAAAAAAUCCCACGACGGUCAGUAUAAUGUUCCAUCGUAAUACAACUGUAUAUUAUUUCGCCUUGUCUGAACUGUAGACACCGAUUUGUACCGUUGUCCGACCGAGUAUACGAGUUUGUACUCGUAGGUGACUUGUAUCCGAUAAUGUUUGAAUUGGUAUCAGCGUUGUAAUAUACGAUCAGUAUACAAGGAGGGACAAUGGGGACAAGGGGCUACGUUACAUAUUACGGAAUGUAUGCCUGCGUCUUGUCGUUCGGCUGAAUUGCAAACGUGCAACUGUAUAAUAUUAUAGCGGGGUAAAUAUUGUUAAAAAAAAAAACUAUAACCAAACUAUAUUUUCCCCUCUUCCCCAGGCGAAGAAUCAAUAUGCCACCAUGUAUUAUAGAAUACCCAUCGAUAUUAUAUUGCGAACUUGUUGCGAUAGAAACCUAUAUUGGAUAAUACUAAUAUUCACUGCUCGUAUUUGGAAAAUUAACGUAAAGGUGUUCUGCCAAGUCAGAAAAAAUAGCGUUCCGACAAAAAUAAUAGUACAUUUAGUUCAGAUUUAGAGCCGUGAGGGCCAAGGUCGUUUCCUUUAUCAAUUCAAGAAUUUCGACGCUUGUCAUCGAAAUCUCGAUUAACCAUAAAAACUUCUGCUACUACUACUACUACUACUAUUGCUACUAAUUAGUAACUACUAUAAAAAAAAAAAACAAAUAAUAUGGAUGUUCAAAAAAAAAAACAAAUUAUAAAAGGCGCUCCGUCCCCCUGCGCACCCCCCACCCCCACAAAACGAGCACUGCUUAUAUUGUACUAUAAUAUAUAUUCACUACAGUAUAUUAGCUGAAUUACCCGGUGUCUCACCGAUUUAAUUCUUUCAAAAACAAAAAUCAAUAAAAUAUAUUCAAUUUAACGUGUUUCCCCGUUUCCACUAUUAUCCCAAUCACAGCUGGUAAGUUAGUUAAUCGUUGUUGUCCGAUAAUUUGUCUUUUAAAAUGGACAUUACCACGUGAUAACCAAAUUAGAUAAUAAUAAUUGUUUUUUCGUCUACGUCACCAAGAUAACCCACAAAUACAAAUAAUAAAUACAUUUUCCAAAAAUACCGAGACCUCGGUGUCGGCCACUGAGUUUUUGAAUUUCGAGAUGAGUUGACAGCAAUCUCCCUCUUGUUUUGAAUGUCAAGUGUGCAAAGUUGCAUCAAAAUUAUUAGAAUAUAAAACUGUAGAUUUGUGUAACGGGCAGACAGACAUUCAGACAGAACUUCAAUUGGGCGUAUCAAAUUAAUAUAAUCUACGUUAAAACAAUAACUCGUUGAAAUUUGUGGUUUUUUUUUUUUUUUUAAUUAAAUUCUUUAAAAUACAAACGAGUGAAUGUUUGAUCAUUUUCAUAUCUAAUGAUGACGUGUGUAUACACAAGACACAAAUGUAAACAGUGUAAUUUUCUAGAGUCGGAUACAAUACGCAUUUUAUCUAAACAAAUAUUAAUCAACUAAUGAUAGGAAAAAAAAUAACAAAAAGUUUUAUGCAUACAUUUAUAAUCAUCACACUUAAAAAUAUAUCAUUACGAUCUGUAUUAUAUUCUCAACAAUAUAUCGAAUACUUCAAAAAUUAAAUACGUACCUACCUAAACCUUGAUUACAAAUACGCUAUCCACAUAAGUACCUACUUAGAAUUUAUUAUUUGACGAAAGUGAUAUAAUAUACUAAACCGUAUCAUAAAUUUAAUAAUAUUCUGUAUCGCUCUGGCUUAUUAAAAUAAUAUCCAUACAAAAGUGAACCGCAACCGUUAUCUCUGCAGACCAGUCUAAACAUAUUGGAAUAUAUUUUUACUACCUUGGUAUUCACUUUCUUUUAUCAACAUUUUAUCUUUCAAUAGGCAUAAAACUCGUUCUGAACGCCUCUACGUUAUUUCUUUUUAAUAGUGUUGGAUAGUAUCUGUUACUAAAUAUUGUUUUCUAAAAUUGCCCGUAUGCUUUUUUCUGUUGGCGAAUUCCUGUCCUCGAAUUUAAUACUAAACUAUCAAACUAUCAUAUAGAUUAGUAAACAUCAUUAAUGCAUUUUGCAUUUCAUAUUAUAUUUUAAAUAUUAUAUUUCAUAUAAUAUUUAGUUUCAUUUUAUUAGAUUAACAAGAAUAAAAAGUUCCCUUUCCCAAGUAAAAUAAAGUAGUGCAUUAUAUUUUUUUUAAAAAAAAAUCAAAUUUUGAAGCACCCCACACUUAUAAAAAGAAGUUGUGAGAAGUUGUAGAGAAUCCAUAUUUUUAGUAAUUUAGCAAUAAUGAUAGUGCAAUACACUGAAAGAAGUAAUAAUAUUUUUCCUGUUACAGGUUUGGUCACUAACUGUGGCGGUUGGAUGUCACAAAGUGGUCAUCGCGUUCUACAUUGGAUCGCAGAUGCUUUCAGAUAGAGCAAGGCCAUACUUGGCACACUGUUCGGUAUUUAUAUUUGCUCUCGCAUCUCCGGUGGGUAUAAGCAUAGGCAUUUUAAUCAGCAAUCUCAAUGAUACGAACACUAUGUUCUUAUUGUCGGUCGUUUUGCAAGGACUGGCUACUGGAACGUUGAUGUUCGUUAUGUUCUUUGAAGUACUCAAACCGUCUUACGAAAAAGUACAAAUUAAACAAAAAAUAUUACGACUCCUUUUCAUCAUUAUAGGUUUUUCUUCGAUGCUGUUCAUCCAAUUAAUGAUAUCCGAUUAAUUAACUUAUUUACCAAGCAUACAUUUAUGUAGACGGUCUACCGCAAUAAACGUAGCUACAUGAGUUAUUAUUAUACACAAUUAUGCGGGGUUUUUUUUUUUUAAGUAAAGUAUGCUUAGUGCUCACCUUAAUUUUAUGCUUAAACAGAGGAUUUUUGCAAGUUUGGUUUAUUGGGAGAUGUAUAUAUAUAUACAUUGUACAUAAAGUUUAGCUAUUUCCAAUAGGUACUUCUAUUUGUUAUAUACUCGUAUAAUGUCACGAAUAUCCCGUGGCAAUACAAACGUUUGCGGGGCAAACGAAAGCCAUAAGUUGUCUAUGCAAAUAAUUUUUCUGAAAUGUUCGGUAUAUCUAAGUCAAAAUUUGAAUACAUUUAGCUUAUAGGGGCAUAUUUCUGACAUGGUGAAAAGAAACUGUGUAGGAAAUGCAGCAUAUUAUUUUGUAUAUAAUAUAUAUAUUAUACAUAUAUUCAUUUAUGUGUGUAAAAAUAUAUAUUUUCCGAAAAACUGAAUUUUGAAUAAAUUUGUUUUAUUUUAAUUAUAUUAUAAUAUAUACAAAUAUAUAUACGCUUACGUGGACUGGAGUGGCACUAAGCAAGUUUAAAAAUCACUUUGUAUAUCAUAUAGAGUUUCACAUAAACACUGCGUAUUAUUAUUGAUUAUUAUUAAAAUAAAUUAUUGUACAUAAUAUAGAUAUAUUAUUAUUAUAUAUAUAUAUAGGUCGGUACUAAGCGAUGUAAGAUAAUCGGUUAGAGAUUUAUUUAAAAACUAAUAAGUCAUAUAAUACUUAUAAAUACAUUUUUUAAAUAGGUAUUAAUUAUACUAAAAAUAUAGAACAUAGACUUAAUUAAAAAUCUGAAUAAGUUAUAAUCAUUGAACAAAUGGAAUUCGUUGACUAUAUUAUGAAUUAUUGAAUUAGAUACAUAAAUAAUUAGCCGACAAUUUUAGGAAGAUGAUGGAGAGCAGAAAAUAUACAGGAAAAAUAAGUUGAUUUCAAAAAAUUGACAACAGGCUCCUUAUAUUAUUUUGUUUUUAAAAUUUAUUAUACCAGGAAUAAUAUUUUAUUGUAUAUACUAAACUUUGUUUACUGUAAAUUAUUGUUAUGCGAGAAAG